AUGGAACACUUGAUGGUAAGCGAUGACUGCCAAAAGACACCCGCGACACCAGAGGUGUCACAAGUUCAUCGACACGGUGAAAGGACUCCUGUUACAUCAUUUUUGAGACUCAGCGAUAAUAUUCAAGAGCUCAAAAAGGCCUCCGCCAAAUAUGGAUACGGACAACUAACUAAUGCUGGUAAACGUAGUGCCUAUCAGCUAGGCCAGUUCAUCCGCCGACGCUAUAACGAGCUCUUGUCUCCGACCUAUAACAGAUCACAGAUCUACAUCCGCUCCACUGACUUCACCAGAGCAAAGAUGACAGUUUUGACUGCGCUGGCAGCCGUCUACCCUGCUACUGGAGACAACUGGAGCACUGAAAUCAACUGGACACCGAUUCCUUAUACCACUUUGCCUGCUAAAUAUGACUUUAAUUUGGCAAUAGUGAACUGCCCGAAAUUUAGAGAAUCUUUCUAUAGGUCUAAAUUAACGUCUUCAGUUCCUGAACUAGAGGUGUACGCAGACAUCUUGGAAAAUUGGUCCAAUAUAUUGGGAUACGACAUAUCAACGGAGCCCUUGGUCAUACCCUACGCUUUGAACGACUUGUAUACUUGUCAGAUUAGUUUAGGUGUACCUUUGGAAGAUGGCAUCGCAGAUAUUAUUUCUGAGAUAGAACAGAUUGCUGCUAUAGCCCUGAAAGCAAUGCUUGAAUCUGACGUAAUGAGAGCCCUGUCUGCUGGUGUCCUUCUGAACCAGUUCUUUACCGCAGCUGACAAGAUCAUUGCUGGACAAGAAGUGCCAAGGGUCCACAUAUAUUCUGCGCAUGAUCUAAAUGUUUUCGCGUUGGAGGCAGCUACCAAAGUUGUUAAUACUCAAGGAGUUCCAAAAUACGCGUCAGCGUAUGCUUUAGAGUUAAGAAAAAUGGUGGAUACUGGAGAGUAUGUUGUCGUGCCGGUAUACCUGAACACUCCCAAAGAAGAAGUGAUCACGUACCUUGAGAUCGAAGGUUGCGGCCAGCGAUGUGCCUACGAAACCUUCCGGACUACUACUUCUAGCUACAGCUUGAAGGAGAACGAAUGGAGAGCCGAGUGCGGUUUUUCUAAUGACAUGUAUUUUGAUACCUCAAUAAUCGACUAA